UCUAAAUUUUCCAUUUAUAAAAUUUAGUAAUCAAAGAAAAAGCGAGCAAAAUUUAAUACUCAUUUCAGUGUGUAAAAUGUAUUCCAAAUUAUUUGUAAAACUCAAUAAUCUAAUGGUAUAUGUAAAACGUAUAGCAAAUUGUCGAAAUACUGUCGAUUCGAGAAAAUCAAUUGCAAAUGCAUUAAAAAGCCAGAAUUUUCAACAUAUGACUAGAUCAAUUACAAAUUCAACAAACAUUACUUCGCAAACUAAGUAUAAAUUUCCCGAGGCUCAUGAGUUAUGCAAAGAAUUUGUGUUAAGUAAAAAAGUUAUGAACGAGGUGAUCGAACGAUUAACCAAAGAGAUUAAAUUGGGUCUGGCAAAGGCGACGCAUGAUAAGGCGACAGUAAAAUGUUUUGUUACAUAUGUUCAGGAUUUUCCCAGCGGGCAAGAACGUGGCAAAUAUUUGGCCUUGGAUUUGGGUGGCACCAAUUUUCGUGUCCUAAUGAUUGAAUUAAAAAGUCAAACGGAUGUGAAAAUAAUAUCGAAAAGCUUUGGAAUAAGUAAAGAACUAAUGACGGGGCCAGGUCAAAUGCUGUUCGAUUUCAUAGCUGAAUGUUUAAGUAAAUUUUGCACCGAACAUAAUGUGGAUAAGAAAAAGGAAAUACCAUUAGGAUUCACCUUCUCGUUUCCCUUGAUGCAACAGGGUCUUGACAGAGGAAUACUGAAAGUCUGGACCAAAGGCUUUAUUUGUAGUGGUGUGGUAGGUCAAGAUGUUGUCCAGCUACUCGAUGAGGCCAUCCAGCGACGUAAUGAAAUUAAAAUCAAAAUAGUUGCCAUUAUAAAUGAUACGGUGGGAACUCUGAUGGCCUGCGCCUUUUAUAAAUGCAAUUGUCGCAUUGGUUUAAUUGUCGGCACUGGGACGAAUGCCUGCUAUGUGGAGAAAACCCAAAAUGCGGAAAUGUUUGAGGCUAAUCACGAGCGGACGCCAGGCGGCAAAGAGCACAUGAUCAUCAAUUCCGAAUGGGGAGCAUUUGGUGACAAUGGUGUAAUUGAUUUCCUACGCACACCCUUUGACAAACAGGUCGAUGAGGGUAGCCAUAAUCCUGGUCGUCAAAUUUAUGAAAAAUGCAUUUCAGGCUUAUUUCUGGGUGAACUGGUGCGUCUAAUUCUGGUCGAUCUAAUGCAAAAGGGUGCCAUCUUUGCUAAUCAAGAGUCUCAUUCGAUACAGGAAAAAGGCAAAUUUCUAACACGUUUUGUAUCUGAGAUAGAAACAGAUAUAUCGGGUGCAUUUGAUUAUACCGAUUGUGUUCUCAAUGAAAUUGGUAUCCGGAAUGCUAGCGAUAAAGAUAAAGCCUGUUUACGUUAUAUUUGCCAAGCGGUAUCAACAAGAGCAGCUCAAUUAACUGCCUGCGGUCUAGUUUGUUUGAUCAAUAAAAUGGAUGUAAAAGAUGUGGCUAUUGCCAUUGAUGGUAGUGUCUAUCGUCAUCAUCCCAGAUUCCAUGACAUGCUCUACAUAAAUAUGAAAAGGUUAUUGCAAAAGGAUAUUGAAUUUCAAUUGAUAUUAUCGGAGGAUGGUUCGGGUCGUGGUGCUGCUUUAAUAGCAGCUGCGGCAACCAAUUCAAAAAUGAAUUCAAAGUGAAGAAAAUUGUGUUUUCUUUUUUUAUAAAUCAAAUUUCAUACUUCUAAUCUAAAUGAAAAAGUAGAUAAUUGUUCAAAAUUCUUCUUCUUUUUUUUGUAAAUUAAAUACUAAAAUAUU